AUGACAGCUGUGGCGCUUGACAUUGGUAGCUGUUUUACCAAGCUGUACUUUGGCGGGGACACUCCCGGCAAACGUGUUUUUGAGACACCCGUAGGCGUUCGGAAACUCAAGCAGAGUUUUGAUGUGGCAUUGACAAGUACGGUGUUGGAUUCGUUCUUGGGAAGAUUGUGCUUAGCUGCCGGUUUACUCGGGUGCUGCGAAAAAAUUGAAGUAUUGGCUUCUCCCGACGAUUCCUCCUUGUUUGUCCAGUAUGUCUCGCGUUGGUUUGCUUCAGCCUCGUUGAGUGGAGUCGCAACAGUUGUGGAUGCUCCUUCUUGGUUGCUGGAGGCGCAUGGGAUGACCGACGGUUGCGUGGUGGACAUUGGUUACCAAACGACCCGUAUUGUACCCAUUUUCUCUUCGAUCCCCGUAGUGGAGGCCAUCACCAUUGGGAGUGGUUUGAGAGAGUUUCUUACGCUGCCGGUAGAAGGAUGGGCGAUGUCAACCGAAACAAAUUCAGUCUCAUCAUCAUCUGCACCAUGUUCAUCGUUGCAGAGUUUAGUGAUUGAGAUGUCGCAGUGCAUAGUCGCGCUUCUUGAAGAAGCCGUGACCCAUUGUAACGCGUAUACGCAGCGUCCUUUUGUCUUUGGCGUGUUUCUCCUCACUGGGGGCGGAAUAGCAGUGGAGGGACUAUGGGGACAAUUAACGGUAGUAUCCAGAAAAUGUGGCCCAACUCUCGUCUGCUUGUCGUUGAUACAGCGUCUCCUUUGGAGUUUAUCUCUCCGUUGUUGA